UUGCCUCCCCUCCCAGGAGAGUGGCCCUCUGCUGCGGCGGCUCCACAGCCCAUAAAGAGCAGAGGGGACGCAGGGACGGGUGUGCAGAGCCUUGCCGUGCCGUGCCGUGCCCUCAGAGCCGUGCCAGCUCUCUGGGGCCAUGCACUGAGGGCCCCCCCGACCACCACGUCCACGCUGUCAUUGCCUGCCAGCACCCAGUGAAGCGCUGCGAGCAAGAGGCCGUCGCGCCCCAGCUCAAGAUGCAGAGGUGCGCUAGUUUCCUCUUUCUGUCUUUCAUCCUCUGCGCCACCCUGUCAGAAACAUUUGGACUGGUUUUAUCUGCAAAAGAAAAAAGGGGCUGGACUUUGAACAGUGCUGGUUACCUACUUGGGCCACGUCGUAUUGAUCAGCUUUUACUGAUAAAGGAAAUGCCCAUGGCAAGGGGGAGAGAAGAUGCACCAGGGGCAUAUGCAGUAGAUAACCACAGAUCUUUUAAUGACAAACAUGGUUUCACUGGUAAACGUGAAAUACAGCCUGAUGAGGAUAUAAAAGCAGGAAGCCUUGGAAGACCAUUGGCUGACGAAAACAUUGUGCGCACAGUAAUUGAAUUUUUGACUUACUUGCAUCUUAAAGAGAUGGGAGCACUUGACAAUCUACCUUCACCAGAGGAAACAAACCAGUCUUGAAGAAGAAUACGUUUUUAUUUUGUUGUAGUGUAAAUUCAGAUUGAAUUCUAAACAAAAGAUCCAAAAGACCACAAGAUGAGAAGUAUUGUUUGCAUUAAUCUGAAAAAUGGUAAAUGACAUUUUGCCUCUUGGAUUUUCUUUUCUCUCCUGUAAUGUUAUGGUGUAAAAUUUUGCCUUGGUGAAAUUUUUCUGUAGGUAAAUGAUAAAAUAAAAAUAAACAGCAACUACAUUGUUUCA